GUAGAGGGCGCAAUAACAUCUGGGCUGAUGCCCCAGCAACCAGCGGUAUCGUCUUCAGAGUGCUUGUUGGCUGAGUGUAAGCAGGGGGCAGCUUUCCUGUCAAAAGCUUCAGUGCUUAGGUUGAUGUUUUACAGGAUCCAGAGGGUCAUUUCGAAAUCACUAUUUCAGUCUCUGGGGCCGAUUUUUUUUCUACGCAAUUCCCGAAAAUUAACCUCCAAAAUGGCUUUUCAGUAUCCACAGGCUUACCGUGACGAUGCAGUUGUGGAUAACUAUCAUGGCUCCAAACUACCAGAUCCAUACAGCUGGCUGGAAGACCCGGACAGUGAAAAGACACAGGCUUUUGUCAGCGCUCAGAACCAGCUGACAUUGCCGUUUUUAGAGCAAUGUGAGGUGCGAGACCUGUUCAAAGAGCGCAUGACUGAGCUGUAUGACUACCCGAAAUAUAGCUGUCCCUUCAAGAGGGGGGAUAGGUACUUUCACUUCUACAACACAGGCCUCCAAAACCAGAGUGUGAUGUACUUGCAGGAGAGCCUGGAUGCUGAGCCCACAGUCUUCUUGGAUCCAAACACAUUUUCUGAUGAUGGGACUGUUGCCCUGCGAGGCUAUGCAUUCUCUGAGGACGGUGAGUACCUGGCAUAUGGCACCAGCGCCAGUGGUUCGGACUGGGUGGAGAUCCACUUCCUGCAGGUUGAAGGCGCCAAGCCUCUGGAGGACCGCCUGGAGCGAGUCAAGUUCAGCUGCAUGUCUUGGACUCAUGAUGGGAAGGGACUUUUCUACAACUCCUACCCUGAGCAGGAGGGCAAGAGUGACGGCACUGAGACCUCCACCAACCUGCACCAGAAGCUAUACUACCACGUUUUGGGGACUCCGCAGUCUGAAGACGUGUUGUGUGCUGAAUUUCCUGACCACCCCAAAUGGAUGGGUGGAGCUGAGGUAUCAGACGAUGGACGCUACGUGCUGUUGUCUAUCAGGGAAGGUUGUGAUCCGGUCAACCGACUGUGGUAUUGUGACCUUAAGACCACUCCUCAGGGUAUUACAGGACUUUUGCCAUGGGUGAAGCUGAUCGACAACUUUGACGCAGAGUAUGAGUAUGUGACCAAUGAGGGCACGCUGUUCACAUUCAAGACCAACCUGGAAGCCCCGCGGUACCGCCUCAUCAACAUCGACUUUGCCUCUCCAGCUCAGAGCAACUGGAAAGAGCUCAUUGCUCAACAUGACAAGGACGUCAUUGUGUUUGCCACCUGUACAUACUCCAGCUACCUGUUUGUGUGUUUCCUCCACGAUGUGAAGAAUGUGUUGAAAAUGUACCGCCUGAGCUCGGGGGAGGAGCUGAGGACAUUCCCUCUUGAUGUGGGCUCCGUGGUGGGUUUCACAGGACGGAAGAGGGACUCUGAGAUCUUCUACUAUUUCACCUCCUUCCUCUCCCCAGCCAUCAUUUACCACUGCGACCUGACUAAGGAGCCACUGCAGCCCCACAUCUUCAGAGAGGUCACGGUCAAAGGCUUCAGCCCCUCGGAUUACCAGACCACCCAGAUCUUCUAUCCCUCCAAGGAUGGCACUCAAAUCCCCAUGUUCAUCGUUCACAAGAAGGGCAUCAAAUUGGACGGCUCCCAUCCAGGUUUUCUAUACGGCUAUGGGGGUUUCAACAUCUCCAUCACACCGAGCUACAGCGUCUCCCGACUCAUCUUUGUCAGACAUCUGGGAGGGGUCCUGGCUGUUGCCAACAUUCGGGGAGGAGGGGAGUACGGGGAGACCUGGCACAAAGCUGGCAUGCUGGCCAAUAAGCAGAACUGCUUCACAGACUUCCAGUGUGCUGCUGAAUAUCUCGUCAAGGAGGGAUACACUUCUCCUUCCAAGCUUACUAUAAAUGGAGGCUCUAACGGUGGCCUGCUUGUAGCGGCCUGCGUCAACCAGCGGCCCGAGCUGUUUGGCUGUGCUGUCGCUCAGGUAGGCGUCAUGGACAUGCUGAAAUUCCACAAGUUCACCAUCGGCCACGCCUGGACCACAGACUUUGGCUGUUCUGAAGACAAAGAGCAGUUUGACUGGCUCAUCAAAUACUCCCCGCUCCAUAACAUCUGCAUCCCAGAAGGCAACGGGGUCCAGUACCCUGCGGUGCUACUGCUCACAGGGGACCACGAUGACCGGGUGGUGCCUCUCCACUCCCUCAAAUACAUUGCCACCCUGCAGCACAUUGUAGGCCGCAACCCCAAGCAGACAAACCCUCUGUUCAUUCUCGUGGACACAAAGUCAGGCCACGGCGCCGGCAAGCCCACCAGCAAGGUCAUCCAGGAAGUGGCCGACACCUACGCCUUUAUUGCUCGCUGUCUCAACAUCUCCUGGGUCAAAUAACCGGCGCAUCCCAUUUAAGUGUGUGUGUGUGUGUGUUGUCCCCACAUUUAUUUCAGACUGAAAAUGAUUUCUACCUCUUGACAUGUGCUGAUUGUUUGCCCUUUAAAGGGAACAAAACACAAUCCUACAAUAAACAACUUUUUAAACGGUGA